UCGAUUAAGAUGUUCUGACCUACACAGGAUGAUUUCUUGGAUAGACUUGAUAGACUUUUUCAUUACUUAGCGCAGUGGUUAUCUUUGGGACCAAGAAAUUCGCAACAACAACAAUAAUAUAAGUUUCAUUGUAUAUAUAUAUAAACAGACGGCAAACAACCAGGUAUAUAUGAUACGGAGUAGUCUGUAUUGAGAUUUGAGAGAAGGGUUUUAGGUAUAGAUAGAAGCGCGGCUCACGGCUACGCGUGGUCUGCGGUAAAAUCUUUCAAUUUCUGUUUUAUCUUCGCCGUUUCGAUCGCUUUGCUCGUUGAAGAAUUCUUGUAAAUUCUAGGUUUAGGUUUCUUUGCAUCCCGAAUUUAUUAAAAAAACAAAAACAAAAUUACAUAUUUGCUGUUUUGCGGUUCACCUGGAACGCUAUCUAAUCAGAGUGGAGUCUAGUGGAGUAAUCUGAAGCUUGCUGACCGUUGCUAUGGACACUUCAAUUGUCAUCAAGGUUAAGUAUGGAGAGACACUCCGGCGUUUCAAUGCUGGUGUUGUUGAUGAGAAGCUUGCUCUUGACAUAGAUCAACUGAGGGAGAAGAUACUUUAUCUCUUCAACUUGUCUCCUGAUGUUCAAAUCACUCUUACUUAUAUUGAUGAAGAUGAUGAUGUGGUAACACUGGGAGAUAAUGAAGAUUUGAAAGAUGUUGUGAAACAGGAGCUGGAUCCCCUUAGAAUUACAGUGAAACUGAAUUCUGAGAGGAGUGGUAGACCUUCAUCAAGAUCCAGUGGAUCUUCUACUCCCUUGAGAUCUCCUUCCAUGCAGCCUACAUCUCAGAACAUGAAUGCUGGUGUUUCUGAACUUUUAAAGGCAGUGCCUGAGCCUGUGCGUGAAACACUCAUUAAACUGUCUGCCGACUUGGCUUCUAAAGCUACAUCAUCUGCCCCCCCUGUCCUUUCUGAGCUCGUUGAGGCAUUCUCAAAGGUAGGCUUAUCCUAUCUAAACCAGCCACAAGAGACCCAGAGUAAGAAUGAAUCUGGCUCACAGGAGCAACCUUCUGGUAAUGCUUGUGGUGUGACUGAGUGUGGUCCAAGGGUUGAUGAUAUUCCAUCGGAGGUGUUUCUAGACACCACGGCUAAUAAAAUGGAAGCCAUUGUGAAUGAGGUCUUGAAACCUAGUAGUGAGGCAUCCUUGAAAACAAGUGGACCAAACCCUACGAAAGUACCUGAAGGUGAGGCCUUUGUUCCCAAAACUGUCUCUGUUAAUCUGAAUGAACCUUUGAUUGGAUCUGCAGUAGGUGAUCCUGAACCUACUGUGUUUAAGUCUGAUGUUGGCAAAAGGGUUGGAGGUAAGAAAUUUGGUGAUAGUAGUCUAGUUGGAAAGGCUCUUGGUAUUGCGAACCCUGGUGCUCCCUCUUUUAAUGGAAACAAUAUCAAUAAUACUAGAGACUGUACUGGAUUUGGUUCUUUCAAUCUGAAUGUAUCUACAGAUUCUGAUCAUCUGAAGUGGUCUAUUUGGGACUCAGGUGAUUCAAGUUCUGGUGGUUCUUUAAGGAAGAUGUCACGGGGUGAUUUUGGGUCUUCAGGCCCACAACCUCGUCUGAGUUUUACGGGUGGGUGUCCUUUCAGUGGUGUGCCCACAGCCGAUAACCCAUUUUCACCCCUGCCUGUUCCCUUUGAUGUCCCUCCGAAAGGAAGCCAUAGCCACAGUGUUGGGAAUGGUACUAUAUUCCAUAAGGGGGUUCGUUGUGAUGGUUGUGGGGUUCACCCAAUAACUGGCCCUAGGUUCAAGUCUAAAGUAAAAGAUGACUAUGACCUGUGUAGCAUCUGCUUUGCUGAAACGGGAAGCAGUGCACAAGACUACAUCAGAAUAGACCGCCCUGUAAACUAUCGGCACCCCUGGUCUUUCAGGGGCUUAAGUGAUCAUCAUGCCAGGAUGCGAUCUACAGCACCGCCACACAUGUUUAGGGGAAUUGGGGUGAAACCUAGUCGACCUAAACUUGACAGCCGUUUUAUUCAGGAUGUCAAUAUUUUGGAUGGUACCAUAAUUGCACCAUUGACCCAAUUUACCAAAAUAUGGAGGAUGAGGAACAAUGGUAAUUUUGUCUGGCCACAAGGUACCCAACUUGUGUGGAUUGGCGGAGAUAGACUAAGUGAUGCAAUUUCUGUUGAACUGGAGAUCACUGCAGCUGGCUUGCCUGUCGAACACGAGCUUGAUGUGGCAGUUGAUUUCGUUGCUCCUAAUCUUCCAGGCCGUUAUGUUUCGUACUGGAGGAUGGCCUCACCAUCAGGCCAAAAGUUUGGUCAACGUGUUUGGGUGCUUAUCCAGGUUGCUACUUCCACAAUGGAGCCAGUAAAGAAGCCAGUGCCUGAAAAUCUUCGUGGCUUGAACUUGAAUCUCCCUCCCGCAAGCAGCAGCAGCAUAGGAAUCCCAGAAAUGAUUAACGUGAAUCCAGAACCACUGGUUGAAGAGAGCCACAGGGAGCCUAAUGUCUCUUCCAAAUCUGCAGAGUUGGUUGAGCCAGUUGUUGAGGGGACAAACUCAAUGAAGGAUCAGGAGGUCAACUUCCCUAUAAAUGACAGCUUAUUUGUCGGUCUUGACAGCACAGCACAACCUGCUCCUCAUCUUCCUCCUCCUCCUCCUGUAACCACCGGGGGUUCAUCAAUUUCGUAUCCUGUUGUCGAUCUCUCCAAUGUUGAACCAGCUGUGGCACCUGCCAGACCACCACCACCACCUCAUAUGAAUGUGGAUAAACCUUCUGAGGAUGUGACAGAUAGCAAUGAAGUGGAGUUGAGCCUCCUAAAGGAACUUGAGGCGAUGGGUUUCAAACAGGUUGAUCUGAACAAGGAGAUAUUGAGGAUGAAUGAGUAUGAUCUACAGCAGUCGGUGGAUGAUCUCUGCGGUGUUUCUGAGUGGGACCCUAUCCUUGAAGAGCUGGAGGAAAUGGGCUUUUGUGACAAGGAAGUGAACAAGAAACUCCUCAUGAAGAAUGGUGGAAGCAUAAAGCGAGUAGUCAUGGAUCUUAUUUCUGGAGAGAAGUAGUUUUCUCGAGUAUAUCUAUCUAUCAAUCUCAUAAUAAUAUUAUGUGGUGUUGGGUGUGUGCGUCUUAGAAGUUGUGAUAUAUAUAUAUGUUGAAUGUGAUGUGGUUUUGAGUUAGCAAGCCAUGUUAUGUAUGGCUUGUGUUGCUACUCUAAGUGGAUGUUUUAAAUUUUAAUGCAUACCAAUAAUAAUGACUACCAACUUUAUUACUUUGUUA